CUGAAAGUAAGCAGUCAAUAUGAGAACUAUAAUUUCUUUCUUUUUCGCCAUGUUGGUGGCUCUGUUGAUUUCACAGAGCGUGGUUUCCGAGGAGAAUCAACAUCCUGAUGUGUUCGAUAUCGAGUAUCCAGCUGUAUUCCGGCACGUGGCCAAUGAAGCGGAAAGUGAAGUCGCACCCGCUGCUCGUUCCUGUACCAACCACAUCUGCCACCGCCUGUGCAGAGCGUUGUACUACAGAACGGGACGCUGUAUCUCCAGCACAGUUUGUCGCUGCACUCGUUAAAGUGGAUU